UUUCAAAAUUUUCGAAAACAAACGUCAAACUAGACAAACAUGUCGACCGUUGAAACUGAAAUUGCGGGUACUGUUGAGGAAAACAAAUCCGAAGAAGAACUAACAUCUUACGUUCCUUAUCGCAUUUUCAUCAAUGAUGUCGAUGCCUACAACGCAAAAUAUAUCAGUUCCUAUCUCACCGACCAAUACUAUGGGGAGAAGAAGGUAGAAGAAUACAUACCGAUGAUAGGAGAGGGAGGUGCUCCUGGAGAAGAUGCUGCUAAGACGGAAAUUGAGGAUGAGAGGCACAAAUAUGAAGUUAUAGGCACCUUGAGUUCAUGGAUUUCUCAAAAGUCAGAGGAUGUCCUCUAUGUUGUCGACAAGAAUGCUGGGAAUUUCGAGGAAGAAUUGGACAACUGUGGUAUCAUAAUAUACGACAUCACAAGAAACCCUGCUGUAAUACCUAAGGCUAUAGAAACCCUUAAAUAUCUGGUAGAACAAUUUGAUGUACUCAAAAAAGUUGGCCCUAAGACUUAUAGCAGCAGUCCGAAAAACCAGAUCUUCAUCUUAAUUUCUACUAUAAUGACUUGGGCUAAAACAAAAAAUUUAUUUAUGGAGGAACCAGGACCUUUCAUAGACAGCCACUAUAGAAGGAGAAAACCCCACCCGAACUAUAAAGAAUACUUGGCAUGUGAACGAGAAGUGAUAGCUUUAGGAAAAAAACACAAAAAUAAACUAAAGACAUAUGUGAUAGCUGCAGGUUUCACUUAUGGUUAUGAAGAAGAAUCCAUGGAUUUUCUCUUCAAAUUGGCAUGGUCAAAUGUACAACAUCUACCUAUUUUCAAUAAUGGUUCCAAUUUUAUACCUCUUAUCCACAUAUCAGAUUUAUCGCGAAUAAUUGGAUGUUUAAUAAAAAAUCCCAUUGCCUCAAAACGGUAUAUAUUAGCAGUGGAACCAAUCCCUGCAAGAUUGAAAAACAUUAUCAAGGCAAUAAGUAAAGGGCUAGGAAAAGGGUAUAUGAAAGAAGUACAGAAUUUAGAAGAAGCAAUGGCUUUCAACGGAAUGACUGAACGAAUAUAUGAUCAGUUAACAAUCAACUUAAAAAUGGAUCCAGUUCUAGUUCAAGAUAAGUUUCAAAUGGAAUGGGGGUACGAAUCGGGAUUCGUAGCUAAUGUUUCUACGGUAAUAGAAGAACUAAAAGAUUCACGAGGACUCACACCUAUCAAGAUAGUUAUGCACGGUCCUCCGGGGUCCGGAAAAACUCUACUGGCUAAAAGAAUUUGCGAAGAGUACGGAUUACACUACGUGUCCAUAAAAACUCUGAUUGAAGAAACCUUACAGACAUUAAGGGAUAAUAUCACAGAAGAAAAAAUCAUUCUCAAGUUGAAACAAGAAAGAGAGGCACAAAAAUUGUUGAUGCUCGAUGAGGAGAACGAAGAAGAAAUAAAUGAAGAGGAGGAGGAAGAGGUAGAGGAGGAAGAAGAAGAAGGGGGCGGUAUAGAAGAAUGGGAAGAACAAAUUCGUGAUAUACAAACAAUGCUUAGUGAAAGCGAAGAUAACAAACUUCCCGACGAGCAAGUAAUUAAGUUACUCAAAAACUUUUUAAGGUCUAACAUAUGCCAAAAUCAAGGAUUCGUAUUGGAUGGAUAUCCGAAGACAUCAGAACAGGCUGGAGAGGUCUACGGUGGACUUGGUGGAGGUGAAGAAGAAGAGAGUCCUGGGGAAGGAGAUAUGGAUGAUUUUGAAGAUAGAUUCGCGGCUAUCGCAAAUAGCAAAAUAAUGCCACAAUACGUAUUUAGUUUAGUAGCCCCAGAUGAUUUCCUUUGCGAAAGAAUCAAAAGACAACAAGAAAAGGAUAUUGAGGGAACACAUUACACCGAACCACAUAUGAAGAGAAGACUCGAAAUUUUCAGAGAACUAAAUACAGAGGAUGAAACAGUGUUAAAUUUUUACGACGAAAUGGAAGUGCAUCCUAUAUUGUAUGACGCAACCAAAGAUACUACAGAAAACAUGGAUUUGAUCUUCGAUGCGAUUAAGAAAGUUCUCGGUAAUCCUAUCUCUUUCGGAUUGUCACUUGAAGAAGAACUUAAAGAUCAUGCUUCACAAGAAAGUGAUAUGAAAAGGCAGAUGGAAAAUAUGGAGGCUCAAAAGAAAGCCGAUGAAGAAGAAGCACUGGAAAAUUAUAAAUCAAAAAUGACAAAAUGGACUGAAACAUUGGAAGCACUCAAAGACGAAGAAGAAAAAGUUAUUAUUGCUGAAAAUGAACCUCUUAGAAGUUAUCUGAUGGAGUUUAUAUUCCCUACUCUGACGAAAGCUUUAACAGAAGUCGUUAAAAUCAAGCCAGAUGAUCCCGUUGAUUUUGUUGCCGAAUAUCUUUUCAAAAUAAAUCCAGAAGGUAAAAUGUUUGACCCUACCUUCUCACAAAAGGGUCAAGAGCUCAUGGCACUGUGCAAUGAUGCUGUAGCUUCAAUAAAUGCUACGCCCUAAUAAUACACUUUUUUCCAUUAAAAAUCAAUCAUUUAUCCAGAAGUUGAUUAUAACUAAUAUACCCAUUGGAAGGUUCAAGUAAACAGCAAAUAAUGUUUCAAAAAUAUGUAUUUAUAUACACAAAAUUUACAAUUUUGCAAGCAAUUAGGCAUUAGACAUCUGCCCAAUUGUGUUUAAAGUUUCACUUCAAGGAACACGGUUAUUUUUUAAACAACAUAAAAAAAUGGGGAAAUCGAAUGCAAACUAUUAAGACUAGAAAAAAAUUAAUUGCUAAUUAGGUGUAGAAAUACAUUAUAGCUUAAUAUAAGGAUUUGUAAUAAAUAAAAAUGUUAGCAUUAACUUAUGAACAGGACUGCAUCAAUAAUUAUCCUAGCUUGACUCUUAUUUAAAAUAAAACUAUAUGAAUUAA